CAUGGCACACUUUCAGUGGAAGGGAAAACCGAACCUCCACACGUGUGGUUACAUUGUCAUUAUUUUCUGUUACUUGUCGGUGUCAUGGUCGCGCCGGUCGCGGUGGAAGGUGCGCCAAAAAGAGCCUGCGGGGUGCGUGUUAUAUCAGUGUUUCGGAGUCACAUGGCCGGACGGCGAGUAGUGUUUAUGAAAGGAGGAGUGGGGCCGAUGUUACGCAAAGUUAACAGCCCCCACCUCCCAUCCCCAAACUAAUAAUCUGAGGUAGUUAAGGUAAAAAGGUAGAUAAAAUGACCGAAUAUUAGAUGCUGGCAUUCCCAGAACACAGGUGUGGAGGAGAAAGUUCCCAGUCAGGCUGAAACUGACUGAUCUAGUCAGGGAGCGUCCUGCAGCCCACAGAUAAAGGACACACACCCACGUUAGUUUGACCUCGACACCAACAUCUCAGAUAAGCGAGGCAGCCAAACCAACUGCCAGCAAACACACUCGACCUCUUGUCGUUCAGUCUGGGUUGUGAAGAUUGUGUUCGUAUCCCUGCCAGAACCUGUAAUGCCUGAUCAUAUGCCUCCAACGCCGGCUGAGACGCUGCUAAGCAGUUCUCCCAGGGGAGCCUGCCUAAUGGGAAGGAAGCUACCAAGAUGGCCUUCAAGCUAGAGGCCAGUGGGCCUCCAAGACCGAGUUCCUCCUGGCUGUGGCUGGGCAGAUCAUCGGCCUGGGGAAUGUCUGGAGGUUCCCUUACCUCUGCUACAAAAAUGGAGGAGGUGUGUUCUUUGUACCGUACCUGUUGUUCCUGGUGUUGUGCGGCAUCCCCCUGUUCCUCCUGGAGACCUCACUGGGACAGUACACCAGCCUGGGAGGGGUCAGCCGCCUGAGGACUAUUUGCCGUUAUUUGGAGGUCUCGGCUAUGCUAGCCAGGUGAUGAUCCUGCACGGUUGUGUGUACUACAUAGUCAUCCUGGCCUGGGCUCUCUUAUACCUGUGCUACAGCUUCCAGGCGGAGCUGCCGUGGUCGCACUGUAACAACACAUGGAACACAAAGGCGUGCUUCUUGUUUGACUCCUACAACCAGACAGCCAAUGCAAGCAGCCUCCCUGAGAACGCCACUUCCCCCGUCAUGGAGUUUUGGGAGCGGGAGGUGCUCCGCCUGUCCAGCACUUUGGAUGAGCUCGGCCCAAUCAGCUGGAAGCUGGCUCUGUGUCUGGCGGUCAUCUGGGUUAUCUGCUACUUCUGCGUCUGGAAGGGAGUCAGGUCUACGGGAAAGGUGGUGUACCUGACAGCCACCUUUCCAUAUGUAAUGCUGUUUGUGCUGCUGGUGCGUGGUACCACCCUGCCUGGAGCCACCCAGGGCAUCAUCUACUACCUCAAACCCGACGUUACCCGCCUGGCAGACCCACAGGUAUGGAUGGAUGCAGGUACCCAAAUAUUUUUCUCCUAUGGAAUCUGCUUGGGAAGUCUCACAGCCUUGGGCAGUUACAACAAAUACAACAAUGACUGCUAUAAGGACUCUUUCAUGCUGUGCAUCCUGAACAGCGCCACCAGUUUCCUGGCAGGUUUCGCCAUCUUCUCGGUGCUGGGCUUCAUGGCUGAGGAACAGGGCGUGGACAUAAGCACCGUGGCCCAAUCAGGACCUGGGCUCACCUUCAUCGCCUACCCGAGAGCUGUAGCCAUGAUGCCCAUACCCCAAAUCUGGGCCGCGUGCUUCUUCCUCAUGAUCAUCAUGCUGGGACUGGACACACAGUUUGUGAGUCUGGAGGCCCUGAUGACAUCGGUGACCGACCUGUACCCUCACGUGAUCAGACGAGGUCACCGCAGAGAGCUGCUGCUGCUGUUUGUCUGCAUCAUCUGCUUCCUGAUUGGGCUGGUCAUGGUCACGCCAGGUGGUCUGUACGUGUUCCAGAUCUAUGACCAUUUCUCCUGCAGUGGAGCCAGUCUGCUGCUCCUCUCCAUCUUCCAGUCUCUGGCCAUCGGCUGGGUCUACGGAGCCGAGCGCUUCAGCGGCAACAUCAGGGACAUGACUGGCUACAGCCCCCUUCCUUUCUUCAACCUGUGCUGGAAAUACCUGACCCCGGUCGUGUGCACUGCCACCUUUAUAUUUUCCCUUGUGCGCUGGUCACCGCUGAGCCUGGGGAAAGGACUGGUUGCUCCAGUCUGGGCCACCACGCUGGGCUGGAUCCUUACCUUCUCAUCCGUUUCUCUGCUUCCCAUCUGGGCCAUCUACGCCCUGGUCACGACCCCGGGAACCCUGACACAGCGCUUCCAAAUUCUGUGCAGCCCCGUUGAAACCCCGUCACUGACCUUCCACCACCUCUCCGACCAGUCAGCGGUCCCCUGCAGCCCGAGUCUUCCUCUCACUGAGAAGUCAAAGGACUCAUUAAAAGAAAUCAUCUAGGACAAGAUGACCUGACAAACAGUCAACAGCAAUGUAAUAUUGGCUGCUGCUCAGCCAGUUGGGUGUGUGAGGCAGGAGGGUCAAGGUUAAGUCAAUGCUGCUGGAGACCAGAAUAAAUCUGUUGUAAUCAGUUCCAA